AAUUAUCAAUACAUCUAACCACAUUUAAACCAAUAAAAAAAUAAAUUAAUAUAUAAAAUUGAAUUAAAAUUAUAAAACAACACUUAUUUGAAACAAAUAUUUUAGUCCACAACGACGACUAAUCUGAAACGGAGGGAUUAUAUAAGAGAUAAAGAAAGACAAUUGUUUUUUUUUCGUAUUUCCCUCGUGUAUAACAGCGAAGAUACCUUUGCUUUAUUAUACAAUAUAUUGUAGACCAAAGUCAUAACUAAUUAUUAAUUGACAUGUAAUGUUUUUUGUGUGUUGUCCCGAUUUCUCUAAAAAUAUGAUAGUCCCAUUUUAUUUUAUUUGCUAAAAAUGCAUAGGAAACAUGGCCAAAUAAAUGAUAUUUGCUUUCUAUAUAUAUGUAAUAUUGAACAUUUGAACGUCAGUAUCAUAGUAUAACUUCAUAAGUUCCUCAUUUUAUUUGAAUUUUUUUCCAAGAAGGUAACGAUGGGCCAUUAAUACACGAACCUGUUCGUUCCUUCAUUUGAAACGGAUCAAGAUGAAGAAGUUGAACGCAAGACCGAGAUGCAGAUGCUAAACGGUGGUGGUGGUGCUGUCUGGAGGUUCAAAGGAAACAAGGCGGCCAAAGAAGCGGCCAGUGUCUCAAUGAAAGGUAUCCUUUCAAGGUUAUUUGAAAAUUGCAGUAGAGACGGUAAAAAAAACAUUUUGCCCCUGGGUCACUGUGACCCUAUCGUCUACCCUUGCUUCAAGACUUCCGCUGAGGCUGAGGAAGCCGUUGCUGAGUCGUUGCGAUCUGGCGCCGCCAACUCCUACGGCCCCGGGGUUGGCAUUUUACCGGCCAGGAGGGCGGUGGCAAAUUAUUUGAAUUCCGACCUUCCGCAUAAAUUAAAAUCAGACGAUAUAUUUAUGACGAUCGGAUGUUGCCAAGGGAUAGAGACCAUGAUUCAAGUUCUGUCUAGUCCAAAGUCGAAUAUCUUGCUCUCCUCCCUCGUCUAUCCUCUCUACCAUAGUUACGCAAUACAUGACCUAGUCGAGAUUCGCAAGUAUGAACUACUCCCCGACCAAGACUGGGAGAUUGAUCUCCAAAGCGUUGAAGCCAUUGCAGAUCAUAAUACCGUCGCUAUGGUGAUAUGUAACCCUCACAAUCCAUGUGGAAAUGUCUACACAUAUCAUCAUCUAAAGAAGGUCGCUGAAAUGGCGAGGAAGCUAGGGAUAAUGGUUAUUUCUGAUGAAAUUUUUAAGGAAACUAUAUAUGGGAAGAAUCCAUUUGUCCCUAUGGGGAUAUUUGCAUCGAUUGUUCCUGUGGUUACACUCGGUUCCAUUUCCAAGGGGUGGCUUGUCCCUGGCUGGCGAAUAGGUUGGAUGGCGAUGAAUGACCCAAGUAACGUUUUCAAAACCACCGGGGUCGUUGAAUCCAUCAAGCACCUGCUUAACAUAAGUCCAGAUCCAUCGACAAUUCUACAGUUUGCACUUCCAAAUAUCUUGGAGAAGACAAAGAAAGACUACUUUGAGAAGAAAAACUUGACAUUGAGUCAAAAUGUGGACAUGAUGUUUGAUGCCCUCAAGGAGAUUCCUUGUCUUGUUUGCCCCAAGAAACCUGAGUCGUGUACUUCCUUAGUGACGAAGCUGGACCUAUCACUCUUAGAGGACAUCACAGACGAUGUUGAUUUCUGCAUGAAGCUUGCCCGAGAGGAGAAUCUCGUCCUUUUUUUUUUUUUGUCAAGAGAGGUAUUCGGCAAAAAUAAUUGGGUGAGGAUCUCGAUUGGAGUCGAGAGAUCAAUGCUACAAGACGCUUUCGUGAGGCUCAAAAGCUUCUUCACUCGCCAUGUCAAAACACAAACUAUUUAA